UGCGAGAAGUGCCGGGGCGGGCACAUGGCGGAGAAGCUGGUGCAGUGCGACCGCUGCGACAAGGGCUGGCACCUGUUCUGCCUGGCGCCGCAGCUGGCGGCGCUGCCCCAGGGCGACUGGGUCUGCCCCGACUGCCGCACCAAGGGUGAGGCGGCGCCACAGCGGGCAGACAUAUGUCAACCUGCUGUUUUGUUGUGCGGAGCGGCCUGUGUUGCGUCUGCGCUGUCUCCCACCCAACCCAACGCUAGGCACCUUCCACACCCACCCAUACACCACUACCUUCGCCACCACGCCUCCACCAUCACCCUGCCCUUGCCGUUGCCCUGCGGCCCUUCCUCCCUUGCAGAGUUUGAGGCCUUUGCCUUCCAGGAUGCCGACGACUACACGCUGGAAGAGUUUGAGCAGAUCGCGGCCACCUUUGAGGAGCAGUGGUUUGGGGCGGAGGCGGCGGGCAAGGUGAGGGCCGGCGUGUGGAGCUGUUUGUAA